CAUCUUUACCAGGGGUGGCAGUAGGUGGUGGGCGCUGUUUUUCACCCAAAGAACUCCGUGUUUUUGUACUUCCAGCAGGAGCUCUUUAACGGGAGUAGGAGAUUAUAGCGAGAAAUUGCUUUCCUGCAAACUGAAGCACAAUAAUCUGAGUUGAGGCGGAGUGGUUUCAGAGAGGGAAACACAGAGGGACAGAGUACAGUAUGUACAGACUCCAUUCUGCUCCCGGUCCACCGGUCCGUUUCACCCGCUCAUCGAAUCAUUAACCCGAACCUGGCGGCCUCACUUUGGGUUUUUAAGACCAAAAACCGAAUAACAUGUCACAGAGUAAAAGCUGACAUUUUAUCUUUUCGAGCCGAACUGCAUCCCUGUUUUCCAGAGGAGAGAGUCGCCUUUACCCAGAAGAAUCUUGCUGGUCACUGAUAUAACUUGUUGGCCACCAGCUGAGGAUGCCAAUAAUCAAAGCCCUCCCAUGUUCCUUCGCCGGCUGAGCUCCUUCAGUUCCCCCUUUCAUCCCAGAGGGCAUCCUGCUCUUUGUCGGGCCUCCUCCAAACACCAACCAUUCACCCCUGCUUCUCAUCCAUGGUCGUCAGGCCACAGAUUUCCACCCUGGCCCCCUCGACUCCCCCCACCUCGCCCACUGGUUCGUCCAAUCUUCACUGGUAACACAUUCAACUCUUUUAACACCCAGCCUGGUAGCUUUAAUGCUGGUGGUCCGCAGUCACUACACACCUUCGUGGGUCUCAUGAUGGAGCGUCCUGACAGAGAGCCUCCAAACAAACGGUGGAAAAGUGGAGAGGAGAGGACGAGUGUUCAGGAAAAGGUUUCACACAGGGGUGGAGGAUCAAGGGAAACAAGGAGCCAAGCCAAGGAGAGAGAGUCUAAGCAGAAGCACUAUCAAUCAGAUUUCAGAAGGGACGGCAGCCUUCCAACGAACCAGAACUCCAGAAUCAGGAAUAAACCAACAACCGGAGCAGAAAAAGUAUGUAGAAGGGACAACAGCAUAGAUAAGGCUGUAGAAAGGACUAAAGGUGAGAGAAAAGGUGGUAGAGACAGAACUCCAAAUCAAUGUUCGCAGCCUGCUGGAUCCAGGACUCAACUCCCCAAAUCCACAUCUGAGCCGGACCCAGCUCCGGUGCAUAAACCUAAUCCCUGGUUCAAAGGCAAGGCUGCUGAGGAGCUGAGUAGCCUUCAAAGGAACAGAUCUCGGUCAGAAGAACCUCAGAUGGCUGGAGGUUCUGAAGCAGAGAGAUGGACAAGGCUUCAAUCCCAGCCUUCCAAUGCAACUCAAGAUCCAAACCAGCGGCAGGGGGAGCAACCAGAAACACAACCGCCAUCAGCUGGGGCCUCGCAGCCUGUCAAAUGUCUUCAGAGACACUGGGAGACUUGCAGUACUGAACCCCAGCCACCAGGGGACAGCACAGUCUUUGACUUCUCAGUGAUGUCCUACAACAUCUUGUCUCAGGAGCUGCUGCAGGACAACGCCUACCUGUACCGGCACUGUGACCCCGGCGUGCUGCCCUGGCAGUACCGGCUGCCCAACCUGCUGGCUGAGAUCCAGCAGCACGACCCUGACAUUCUGUGUCUUCAGGAGGUCCAGGAGGACCACUAUGAGAACCAGAUCAAGCCAGCUCUACAGGCUUUAGGUUACCAGUGUGAAUAUAAAAAGCGGACAGGAACGAAACCAGACGGCUGUGCCUUGACCUUUAAGCCUUCCCGCUUCUCCCUCCUCUCCUCCACCCCGGUGGAGUUCUACCGGCACGGUGACGCCCUCCUGGACCGGGACAACGUAGGAAUGGUCGUACUGCUGCAACCCAACAAUGGUGUCAUCCAGUCCGAUCCAUCCUCCUUCGUCUGUGUGGCCAACACUCACCUGCUUUACAACCCUCGCCGAGGUGAUAUCAAACUGGCUCAGCUGGCAAUCUUAUUGGCUGAGAUCGGCCGGCUGUCCCGCCUCCCUGACGGGUCCAACAACCCAGUGGUCCUCUGUGGGGAUUUUAACUCUGCACCGUGGAGUCCGCUGUACAGGUUCCUGACCACAGGCUGUCUGGAAUACCAAGGGAUGCAGAUCGGGAUGGUGUCGGGUCAGGAAACGAGUCCAAAAGGUCACCGUACCCUAACUUCUCCAAUCUGGUCCCACAGUCUGGGAAUCAGUCACCGGUGCCAGUAUGAGAGCAAACGCACAGAUGAGCCUUUUCCCAGCAGCCCCACAGCUGUUGAAGGAGAAAUGUCUCAUCUGACUGUAGAAGAUCUGGCCACCAAAGCCUCUGCUGCAUCCAACAGCUCAAGGAUCGAGCACAGCUUGAAGCUGCAGUCGUCUUAUCGGCACCGCCUGAUGCCCGACGGUCGACCCGAGAUCACCACGUGUCAUUCACGCACAGCCCUGACGGUGGAUUACAUCCUCUACAGCUCGGAUAUAAAUGCAUCCCCUUCACUUCCUGGUGGGCGGGGCCUCCAGCUGCUUGGCAGGCUGUCAUUGGUCGGACAGUCAGAGCUGAAGGAAGUCAACGGCCUGCCCAAUCAGCACCACUCGUCUGACCAUCUUCCGCUCCUUGCCAGCUUCCGCCUUCGGUGGUGAAGCUUCCGGACCCAGCCCGUCACGUCGGUUCUGGUGCUAACAGAACAAUGGAGAGGUGAAACCACUGAGCUUCAUCCCAUAGAUGGUGCAGUUAUUGUAUAUCAGAUGGAAACUUUUAUCUAAACGAUUAAAGAAAGUUCUGAAACGUGUUUCUGUUUGACAGUUAAUUUAAUCUGAGGGAUGAAAAACUGGCAGCUGGAAAUAAAGGACAAGCUGAAUUAAGAUGUACUUUUUGAUUCAACUGUAACUGUGACUAAGUGUAUAAAAAUGAAAAAAAGUAUUUUAUUUUAAAAGAAAAAAAUCCAGUAUGUUUAAUAAAGAAAGAGUAAAUUCUGGAGAAAUCAAGAGAUUCUAAAUCUGAAUUUAAUAUGCAGCAAUAAACCAACAUCAGCCACAAAAACAAUAAAUUUCACCAUUUUUUUUUUUUCCUCAGUGUUGGUCGUUGGUAACUUAUGUUUUAACAGCUUCUGUUAGGAUGUUUAGAUUUCUGAAAAUUGUUAUAAAAUGUCUUAUUUAGCAUCAUAUUUACUGUACUUCUUUUUUUUUUUUUUAAUCAAGAGUAUUUUAAUAUUUUAAUUCUGGGUCUCCUGUCGCUGUACAUUUCUGAUUAUAACUAAAGAAGGGAAAGAUUUACAGAUCUGAAACUGGUUCCAUCAGAACGUACUGGUUCUUCUGAACAGAACCAUAUGUGUUUCACCCUGAUAGGACCUAAACACGUCAAGGUAUAAACGCUUAAACUUCUUCUUUUUUUACUGUACUUCUAACAUUUAAUAUUUCCACGAGUCAGAAUGGAGAUGAUAUGGUUUUACUCAUUCAUUUCUAUUUUUUCCACUGUUGAUCCAUAGAAGGGUGCGUUUUAAAUAUAUUUUAUAGUAGACCGUUAACACAUUUACUGUUGAUUUAUUAACAGAGAUUAUGCAGGGAAAUUACUCGAAAGUUUGUCUUUUAAAAAGCGGUUUGAACAGCUUUGUUGUUGUCUUUUCUUUUAUACGUUAAUGUGCCACAACAGAGAAAAUGCUAAAGGAUCAGCUUGUUCAUUAUUUCUUUUCUUUUAAUCAUUUUUAUACUGGGAAAAAGCGCAGUCUAUGCAUCUCUGCAUUGAAAGAAUCUUGGAUGACGUACUUUUCAUUUUACCUAGACGAGUUAAAGCUGAUCUUCAUCAGUGAGGGAAUUUAAACUGGUACGCCACAAACCGUGUUUAUUUUUCUACUGCUUUGUUUGCCAGUUUGGGGAAGUUUACAGUUUGUAAAUAAUAAAUUUGUAUUUUUAAAUCUG